GGAGCCGCGAGAUCCCCUCAGGGUUGUCAGGAGAUGCUGCAAAGCCCGAAGUCGGGCAGACACCCCCCACCAUUACCCUCCCUGUGUCCUUUGCCGCUGCCUGGUGGGCGCCCCCGGGCCCCAGCUCCUAGCGGGCUACCCCGUUACGCUCCAGAUAAACCUGCUGGGUUUAUGAGGAUUUAUUUGGUGUAAGCAUGGUUGUUCCUUUAAUGAACCUUCAUAUCAAAUCUCUAGGAGCAAGUCAUACAGUUGCUGGAGUAAUAGGAUCUCUCUAUGGUAUAAUGCAACUAUUUUCCAGCACAUUUGUGGGCUGCUGGAGUGAUAUAGUAGGAAGACAGUAUUCCCUGCUUUCUUGUAUUCUUCUCAGUGCACUGGGUUACUUCCUUCUUGGAACAUCCACCACUGUGUUCCUGUUUGCCAUUUCUAGAGUCCCUGUAGGUAUUUUCAAACACACACUCUCCAUCUCUAAAGCCCUGCUUUCUGACUUGGUUUCUGAGAGAGACCGCCCUUUAGUAAUGGGACGCUUCAAUGCAGCCUCUAGUGUGGGCUUCAUUCUGGGGCCUGUCGUUGGUGGCUACCUUACAGAGUUGGAAGAUGGCUUUUAUCAAACGUCUUUCAUGUGUGCCUCUAUCUUCCUUCUGAAUGCUGGUCUUGUCUGGAUGUUACCCUGGAGUGAAGAAAACACCAGCAAUAGGGAACAUCAACAAGGCAACAAAGGAACAGACAGUUUUUCAGCAAAAGCAAAUCGUGACCUGCACUUGAAAUCAGGAACUAAUGGAGCUAUGGCAAGAGAUAGUCUUUUCCAGUCCCCGUGGAUCCAAGUUGCAACAGUGCUGAAGAGGAUUAAAGGAAUUGCGUGCUCUGAUCUGUGGGAUAUAUUUUUAGUGCGGUUGCUGAUGUCUGUUGCUAUACUGCUGUACUAUAGUAAUUUUAGUCUGGCCUUGGAGGAGAGAUUUGGGGUGAAACCCUUGUUUGCUGGAUACCUAAUGAGCUAUAGCAGUGCACUUGGAGUCCUGGCUGGUUGUCUGCUCGGACCAAUAACAAGACUCUAUCAGCACAACACUUACAGAAUUUUGUUGCACUCCAGCACUCUUACCUGCACGUUGAUUCUCCUGUAUGCGUCAGCGCUGAGCAUAUGGAUGGUCAUUUUGUCUUCCACGUUCUUAGCCUUUUCAACUACUGUAGGUCGUACUUGUAUCAUUGAUCUUGAAUUGACCAUUGGUGGGAAUGAGGCCAGUGGUAUGCUCCUAGGUGUUGGACAGUCUGUGACUUCAGUGGGACGUAUAGUUGCCCCGCUCCUUUCUGGAAUCGCUCAGGAGUUCAGUCCUUGUGGCCCUCCAAGUCUAGGGGUUGGACUGGCUCUAGUAGCUAUUCUGAUAAUGAACGCGAACAAACAAAAAUACUGCAGCCAUGGAAACGUUAAGUUAAAAAAUCAAUAGCUGCAAAUUUGGAUUGCAUAGAUGUAUCUUACAGGAGAGGCAAAGUGAAUCAGCCUGGGGUGAUGCUUACACAUGCCAGACUUGUACAGUAGUAACAGGAUCUUUUAAGAGGGCACAUGGUGUUCACGUGGAGACAAGUACAUAUAAAUAUUUCUGCUGCAGGGAUUUUAACUCUAGACAGAUGUUAUUCUAACUGGUACUACUAGAACACUUGCAAGAGGGACAGGUGUUGCUGUAUCGUACUGGCUGGGAUUUUUUUAUGGAUUUUUAACCUUUUUGGAGGGGAAAAAAAGAAUGACAUGAAAUACACAAAUCCUGCUUGUAGCUCACAUCUGAAAUGGUGUUUAGAUUGAUAGAUUGUUAAAAGACAGAAAUUGAUUCUUAUUAUUUAAUCAGAGGUUAAUUUUUAUUAUUUAAUCAGAAGGAGAAUUUGCAAUAUAGCUUGUUAGCCUUAAUUUUAUGCUGUGGUCUGCUGC